GCUGAGUCGAUUUCCUCAUCAAGCCAACCAACCGGAGCAACAAUCCAACCGUUCCACUGUGCGGGACAAAAAAAAGAAAAAAAGCUGCGAGUGAGCUCGAGUGCGUCCUCUAGGUGAGGAAAAAGCCUUCAGAUCGAUUAGCGUUACCCAGCCGGGACGUCGCUGCCUAGUUUCGGCGUGCUUACAGGCGGAGGAGACGGUGAAGCAAAGCCCCGAGUGCUAGCCCUCUGAAGGCUGUUUUUCUACACCCUACUGUGGCUUGUCGGAAGGCGACGUGUUGCCUGGAAGCUCAUUUUCCAACAUUUUGAACAUUUUCCUCCAAGUCUGAUCGUCUUGCUGGAACUGCACAGCGGCUGUACAUGGAUUAUCUGUGUUUCCGGGCACUGUGCUGUAAAGGACCGCCGCCGCCGAGACCCGAGUACGAUGUGGUGUGCAUCGGCCUGUCGGGCGCCGGAAAGAGCAGCCUGCUGUCGCGGCUCUGCAGCGAAGGCGGCGACCGAGUCGUUCCCACCACAGGUUUUAGUAUCAAAGCAGUGCCAUUUCCCAAUGCCAUCUUGAAUGUCAAAGAACUUGGAGGAGCUGACAACAUCAAGAAAUAUUGGUGCCGCUACUACCAGGGGUCGCAGGGUGUCGUCUUUGUAUUGGACAGCGCUUCAUCAGACAAGGACCUUGAGGCGGCGCGUAAUGAGCUGCACUCGGCCCUGCAGCACCCUCAGCUCUGCACGCUGCCUUUCCUCAUCCUCGCCAAUCACCAGGACAAGCCCGCCGCAAGGACGCCCAGCCAGGUCAAGAAGUACUUUGAGCUGGAGCCGCUAGCCCGGGGCAAGCGCUGGAUCCUGGAGGGCAGCAGCACGGACCACGUGGACGCCGUGAAGGAAAGCUUUGGCCAGUUCAUCAGUCUCCUGGAGGACAAAGACACGCAAGGCGGCAGGAUAUGACGCCGUUAGUUAGCGCCGAGAGACACCAACGCCGAAAUGGAAAGGUUCGGCUGGCGCGCCGACGAAUCCACGCCCCCCCCUCUCUCUUUCUUCAGGACUACCUUUCAGGGGCCUUCAGAACCACUUAGAACCUCGUCGUUAUGAUGCUCCUCCUGCACCGCCGUGUGCCGAGGUGGGCUUUGUAAUUACUCUCCGACGCGCACACGCACAAAGUGGGGCCCAGGUUGCCUGUAAGAUAAGUUUACCUCUUCCGCUAAUGACUUUUCAGGAUGUCCGAGUGGGAACCGUUGAUGUUGUUUCCACUUGUGUGUGUGUGUGUUAAGUGUGUCCAUGUCAGCGUGUGACGCCAUAACUAGCCUGAGCCUUGUAGCGCUAGCUAGCUCACAGUUAGCAUGCGACCGGCACACCGUGUACAUAGUAGCGCCACUAAUCACGUGCACUCGAGUGCUUUUAGCAAUGUGCAGCAUAUGACGCUUGAUGUCUGGAAUCAUUGUUUCUUAAAGACAGAUCACACCACCCAAUUUGGGAGUCCUUCCCUCAAGCCAAUGACCAGUACAAGUAUUAUGGGGCUCACCCACAAAAAAAAUCCAAUCUCCUAAAAACAACCGAUUACACAAAAGGGAGAAAACCAGAGUAGUUAGGAGAGAUAAAAGGGUUAUUUUUUGAAAAUAGAUAAAUAAAUGAUGAGACUCGUGCUGUAUCAAGUUGGAAUGCAGGAAUAAAAGUCCAAAUAAACAGGACCACGCUAGUAUUACCCAAGUAAUCAAGUUCUCAUUUCAUGAGGAAAGUGUCCUUAUUUUGUAGAGUACGUUGUAAUAUUGCAGGGGAAACGAUAGAAUAUUAAAAGACUAAAAUCAUCGUUUCAGGAGAAUAAUUAGGAUGGCGGGAAAUGUUGCACUUUUACAAGCUUAAAUUUGCAAUAUUACGAGGGUAAAGUCAUAAUGAGGAAAAGUUUCUAAUUCAUGACUAGAAAAGUUAAGUCAUCAUUUUUUAUCCUUAUGUGUAAUACUCCCACUUCAUAAAUGUAAUUUCACUUUUUUCUUUUUGGCUAGAAAACGAGUGACUACUUUUAUGAGAGUUAAGUCGUUAAAUUCUGAUUCAAAAAAUAAUAAUAAUAAAUUGACACUCACUCAUAAAACGAAAGACUUAAUUCACGUAAUAUUGCAAGCGUUUUUCCCCACCCAAAAUAUGACCUUUUUUAUUUCCUUUCUAGUGUGCCUAUCUAUCCUACUUGUUAUGGUAAUUGUGCAGGACGGAUGUAUUGGCAAAUGCAUUUGAUGUUUUUCACAUGAGUGUCACUUGUUGUUGUUUUUGUGGUGGCGGCGGCGGUGACGCUGUCCGCGCGGACUCCGCUGCCUCGGCGGCCCAAUAUAAAGUCAAUCAAUCAGCCGCGGCAACAGCUGCCAGUGACAAGUCCCUGUCUGACACCCUAAUGCCUUCCUUCCAACUGUCUGUGAAGACCCCCCUCUGGCCCAGACCAGCCUAGACCCCACCAACACACACACACAUGCCCAAGUGUGCUCUUCACAUCAUGUGCCCGGCCGGCGGCAUCCAGUCGACAAACACUACAACUUUGACUUUUGUCGUUUUUCAUCUUCUUCCGUCUCGACUGGUUUUGUCUGUGUCUAUUAAAUUUGUAAAAAUCUUAA